CUGAAACCUCCUAUGUAUUUGUGCUUCUCAGCUUUCAAUUUUCAAUCCUGUAGUGGAAACUCAGCUUCUCAGCUUUGAGAUGAGUGUCACAAAGGCUUCCCUAUCUAUGCUCAGCACCACAGGCAGCCCGCAGGAGGGAGAAGUGGAAUUUCCUAGGGAAAUACAAGGGGACUUUUGACUACUGGAUCAGUCCGCACAGAGUCGUCAAAGCACCCUUGGAGGUGAACAGACAACACUGAGUAUAACAACAUGAACUCAGUAACCCAUGGCCUCUGGUGGCGACACUUCACAGAGAGUCAACAGAACACUUUUGGUGGUGGACAGACAACACUGAAUAUAACAGCUUUAGAGACUCAGUUCGGAGAUGACAGUUUCACUGGAUGAAGUGGUCACCAGAGAUUGCUGAAUACAGAGGUCACUAUCACAGACCACCUAGAAAAUGGAGAAAGAGGUAAAAAUAUGGUACAGAGUGGUAUUCGUUGCAGCUGUAAUUGUUCUAUCUGCUUUUCUAUCAUCAAGAAAGACAGAACAGAUCCCAAUCAAAAAUACCUAUGCUGCUUGCCCGCAAAACUGGACUGGAGUUGGAAAUAAAUGUUUUUAUUUUUCUGAAAUGGCAAAAAACUGGACAGUUGCCCAGAACCUCUGCAUGGCACAAGAGGCCCAACUAGCUCGAUUUGACAACCAGGAUGAGCUGGAUUUCCUAAUGAGAUUCAAGGGGAAUGUUGAUUGCUGGAUUGGCCUGCACAGAGAGUCGUCAAAGCACCCUUGGAAGUGGACAGACAACACUGAGUAUAACAACAUGAUUCCCAUCCGAGGAGUGGAAAGAUAUGCCUACCUGAGCAGCAAUAGGAUCAGCAGUUCCAGGAGUUAUAUACCUCGGAUGUGGAUCUGUAGCAAGCUUAAAAACUAUAGCCUCAACUGCCAAACUCCUUCUCCUGUCUAGCAUUUACCAAGAGACUCUUCUUAGCCUGUUAUCUAUGGGUGCUACAUUUACCCCUAUGGUCCCACAGUGCUAUCAAACGGGAUUGAGAAUAUUUUUUAACAUCUCAAAUGAAAACCAUGGAGUCUGGAGAGAUUGCUCAGUAGUUAAGAGCAGUGACUGC